AAAGCAGAGUCCUCCGUAUGAUUUCGCGAAUCGCUCUCGCGGUUCUUUGACGUCAUCCGGGUGUCGAUUCUUGCGGCGCCGCAUGAAGUUAAACAAGCCUGACAGCUUCUUUUACUGCUUACUCAACCUGCUUGCAAAUACGUUUCCCCGCGUACUCAUGUAAUGUAAAAUGGUCAAAAUAUCUAAAACAUAAUUUGGCUUAGUUGUUGCUUGUUUUGUGUAACUACGGUAAACAUACUACGUAAAAAGUCAUUAUCAUGUUAUUAUGAUGAACACGAGCAAAGCAAGCUAACGUUAGCUCAUCUUGUGCAGCUGUCAAUCAAAGAACGAUAUAAUCUACUGUCAAUCAUCUCGCCUCAAGACCCGCCCCCAUUCAGAACGUUCAUAAUUAUGUAAUUAUGCAGUGCAUUUUUCUUUCAGUGAUUUGAUGACGUAUUAAAUCACCGUUACUGUAGCAGUUAAAAGUUUAAAUUUUAUAUGAAGUUAGUACAUUUUAUGGCACCACAAUCAACUACAUAUAUGUGAUGAAAUAUAGUGUGGAAGCAUAUUGUUUUAGGCUGGGGUUCUGCUUUAAUGGACAUCUGCCAGCAAAUCAGAAAAUAGUAUUUAUAACUGAUAUUUGAUAUAUAUGUAGAGAAAUAUUGAGAGAUCAUUUAUCUAGCUAUUUAUCUAACCUCCACCCCCUAGACUGGAUCGUCAUUUGGCCGGAAAAUGAUGACUGGAUAUCUAUCUGCAAAAGGGGUUAAAGCAUCUGAGGGCAGAGUGGGUAAAGUGUUGAGAGGGAUUCAUCAACCCUACCACACUGCAAGACUACAGGGUGCCCGAAAUCUGAACCCCAUACCCUACAGUGCAGAAUACAUGGGUCACAAGCUGCAUGUAGAUCAAAAUGAGAAGCUUGUUAUGUUUGGAGUAACCCAUGUAAUGGCUAUUGACGGUUUCAGCAAGAAGGUGGUCGGUCACUCCACCAUGCCAGUAAAGAAUAAUAUAAUCAUUUAUGAGGAAGUUUACAGACCUGCUGUGCUUUCCUAUGGACUAUGGGACCAGGUCAGAGUUGACUGUGGAAAAGAGUUUUAUCUGACAUUAUUCAUCCAAGAAAAGCUGGCGCAACACAGACACAAUACUCAAAGGCAGCCAUACAUUCAGACACCUUCUACAAGGAACCAUGUGAUAGAGAGAAUGUGGUCAGAGGUCAAUGCCAGAGUCAACUACCCUUUGAAGUCAGCUUUGGUACAUCUGGUGAACCAGGAGGAACUGGACAUGGAGGACAACACAUCCAAAUAUUGUGUAUCAAACCUGACAUGCCAAAUGGCUAGGAUUGGCAUUACAAAUGUAAUAGAGGCAUGGAAUGCAUACAGGAUCCCAGGAAAGGGGAUACCAAAUGAACUGGCUAAAGGAGGGUGUCCUGCAAAACUUCAAGAGGACCAUCUGCCUGUUGGUACUGUUGCUGCUGACCUUUAUCAGCAGGAACUGGGAUCAGCUUUGAAAAGGGAAUCCAUUUUUGGAUGUAAUCCUUUCCCAUCUGAAGAAGCCCAACAAUGGACUGAAACGGAGUUUGGUUCUCACUUUGAUUUGAUAUCACUACAUCAAAAUGUAACUAACCAUAACUAUGGGCCUUUUGAACAAGCAGUUAUGUCUCUUAUUGAUGUCACCAGACGCUGUGUGUGA